GGGUCCUACUUGUUAUGAAGAGAAGACAAGAUUUGCCUUUUUUUCUCUGCACUGGUUUAGCUAUGGAUCUUAUUCACGAGAGAAAAGUGUGGACAAAACAAAGGUCCAGAGCCUGGUGGAAUGACAUCGUAAUAGGAAAGUUUAAAACAAAGAUUGGGUGGAACAUUUUAGGAUGACACGGGAAACAUUUUACUUCCUUUGUCAGGAACUGCAGGAAUCCCUGCCUAAUGUGCCAUUUAGGGAAGGUUUAGACAUUGACCAUAAAGUAGCUGUAGCAGUCUACUGGCUUACAUCUUCUGCAGAGUCCAGGGCAUUUGCAAAUCUCUUUGGAGUUGGGAAAUCAACUGUUUGGAAGUGCCUGAGAGAUGUUUGUGAAGCACUUACUGUCACAAUGAUGUUGAACUAUGUCAAAUUUCCAAAGGAGGAUGAUCUGAAAGCAGGGCUGGAUGGCUUUGAAUCGGCUUGGGGGUUUCCGAACUGUGACCUUGACUGGACAUCCAUUCCCAUAAUAGGCCCAGUUCAUGUCCACGGAGAUUAUCGUAAUAGGAAAGGGUUCUAUUCAAUCAUCCUACAAGCGGUAUGUGACCACAAGUGCAUCUUCUCUGACAUCAACAUUGGCUGGCCAGGGAGAGUACAUGACGCCCGUGUCUUUGGAUUUUCAGAACUGUUUCAUAAAGGCGAAAACAAUCACCUGUUUCCCAAGUGGCAAAGAAAACUUACUACUCCAGACAAGGAAAUUAUUAUGCCAAUUACCUUGGUUGCUAAUGCUGUGCAUCCCCUUAAACCCUGGCUUUUAAAACCUUACACCAAUCAGGCAAACCUCACUCCUCCUCAGAGGCAAUUUAACUAUAGACUCAGUCGAGCCAGGCUGACUAUUGAAAAUGCGUUUGGUCGGCUGAAAGGUAGAUGGCUGUGUCUCCAGAAAAGACUGGAUGUGUCAGUGGACAGUCGUGAUGACCUGUGUAUUGUUGCUUAUAGCUAA